AUGGUACAGCCAAAUCUUUUGAUGUUCAUUACUUUUCACUAUCACAGGAUGCAGCUCAUGGAGAAAGGAGAUGCGGAAAAUGAAACAGAUGUCACAGAAUUCAUUCUCCUGGGAUUUGGGGAUCUCCCUGAACUGCAGAUCCUUCUCUUCCUGGUUUUCCUAGUGAUCUACAUUGUGACCAUGGCCGUGAACAUCCUAAUCAUUGCUCUAGUUAUGACGGAUCAGCACCUUCACACCCCCAUGUACUUCUUCCUGGGGAACUUGUCCUGCCUGGAGACCUGCUACACUUCUGCCCUCCUGCCCAGGAUGCUGGCCAGUCUCCUGACGGGAGACAGAACCAUUUCUGUGAUGGGCUGCAUGACACAGUUUUUUUUCCUUUGUUUUCUAGCAACUACAGAGUGCUAUCUCCUAGCAGCGAUGUCUUAUGAUCGGUAUUUAGCCAUAUGCAAACCACUGCACUAUGGAACCUGUAUGAAUGGCAAGUUGUGCCUCCAGCUAGCAGCUGGGUGUUGGAUAAGUGGAUUUCUACCUUGUACAAUAAUUAUGUGUUUAAUGUCACAAUUAAUUUUCUGUGGCCCCAAUGAAAUGGAUCAUUUCUUUUGUGAUUUCACUCCAAUGCUAAAGCUCUCCUGCAGCGACACCAGCCAGAUAACGCUGGUUCUUUAUAUAUUUUCCUGGCCAGAUGCAGUUUCCCCAUUUCUAUUAACCUUGACAUCCUAUGUUUGUAUCGUUAGCACUAUCCUGAGAAUCCCUUCCACCACCGGGAGGCAAAGGGCCUUUUCCACCUGCUCCUCUCACCUCAUCGUGGUAACACUUUUCUAUGGGACCCUAAUGAUUGUCUACAUGCUACCAAAAGCCAGCAACCUGAGAGCCCUGAACAAAGCGUUCUCUGUCUGCUACACAGUCCUGACUCCCCUGGCCAAUCCCCUCAUCUACAGCCUGAGAAACAGAGAGGUCAAGGAGGCCCUGAGAAAAGCGGUCAGGAAAUGUCUGGCCCUCACAAAGAAUUCAGACUAG